AUGGACGCCAUCAAUGGCUCUCCAGAUCCCGUCGCCGCCGUGGCCCACAGCUUGCUGGGCAAGGACGCGGGAGACUUCGGCCUCGAGGAGCUCCAGUCUGUGGUGAUGCUCGCCGCCGCGAGGGAGAAGCUCGUGAGCGACGGGGACAGGCUGGACACGCGGAGCGAGAAGGGCCGCACGGGGUGCAAGAGGUUCUUGCGGAGGCUGGAGAAGCUGGCCGUGGCCCUGAGCGUCGAGCGGGCCCCUAGGGAAUACCGCGGCAAGUUCACUGCGAACUUCCGUGCGCUCUUCGCUGGCGAGGACCGGAGCUACCGCGUGGACAUUCUGGAGGCGGCGCUGUCCCUCAUGCCGGCGGUGUGGGCGAACGGAGAGGCCUACCAGCUCGGCGAGGAGGCCAUGAGCCGCGCCCUCGGGCUGCGCCAGGCCUGGGCCGCGCUCGGCGAGCUCUUCGACGGGUGGGCGUCGCCGGAGCACGAGCCGGGGCAGGCCCGCCGGGAGAUGUGCGAGCGCUUGGAGCGCCUCGACGUCGCUUGGGCCUCCUUCGAGGACGCGGUUGCCCCCCCGCGCGGAUGCUUCUCGUGGGGCACCUGGCAGAUGUGCGGUGCCACCUUUGCCAGCGCUCUCUACAACUGCUCCGCUUCCGACUUCGCCGGCAGGGACAGGAGAUGCAGGAGCAUCGGUGCGGGCGCCUCUGGCGUCAUGGCCGCCUCGAACUCGGCCAGGCGCUCCACGUAUGUGCCGUACGUGAAGCUGCCACAUGGCCAUUGUUCUGCAGUCGGGCGCCACCAGCCGUCCGCGGGCGCGGGCGGCGAGCUUCUCCGGUUGCUCGUGAUCCGGGCCCUGUAUAGGGUGGCUUUUCGUCCGCUGCGCCCCAUCGAGGGCCUGGCGGUGAAGCAGGAGGUGGUGGUGCCCCAGACGGCCGCCGUGAGCGUGAGUGAUUGGCCCGGGUGCCACGUGGAGGGGGCGCCAGCUACACCCGCCGAGACGGGAAUGGCGGGCGGCGGCGCCGGCGCCGCGGGAGAGGCGCUGCCCGCCCAGGCGGAGGCAGGCCGAGGGGCCGCGGCUGGCAGCGCCGACGGCCUGCGGGAGGCCGGGAACGAGCGGGCGCGCGCGGGCGACCACGCCGGGGCGGCGGAGUGCUACGAGGCGGCGCUGGCGCGGCUGCGGGAGGAGGGCGCCCCGAAGGACAGGUACGCGCCGGUGCACAGCAACCUCAGCCUGGCGCGGCUGGCGCUGGGGCAGGCCGCCCAGGCCCUGGAGAGCGCGGAGGCCUCCGCCCGGGCGGACGGCGGCUUCGCGAAGGCCUACUUCCGGCAGGCGAGGGCGCUGCUGGCUCUCGGGAGGCCCCACGAGGCUGCCAUCCGCGCCCGAUGCGCGCUGUUCCUGGAGGGCGGCUACGGGUCGGCCGCCAGCGCGGCCUUCCGGGGCGGCGGGGGUGCUCGCCCAGGUGCCCAGCCUGCCGGCCGCGGCUGCCCCGCCGAGGUGCUCAAGCUGCUGGGCGAGGUGGUGCAGGAGGUGCCCGAGCUCGUGGUCCGGUGCUGCGACGGCCACGGCCUGGGGAGGCUCGGCGGCUGCUCGCGGCGGCUGCGCGGAGUGGUCUGCCGCAGCCAGCUGCUGCGCCGGCGCGCCGCGGAGCUCUGCCCGGAGGGGUCCCCCGGGUGGCUGCGCACGGACCUCCUGCCGCUGGUGCCUGGCCUGGGCGACGGCGCGGGGUGGUUGUACGCGGCGCGCAGGGCCGCCGCUGGCGCUGCGGUGCGUGACCUCCUCGCCAUCGCCGGCCAGGACCAGUCGGUCCGCACGUGCGAGCCGAUACCAGGAGGUGGCGCGGCGCGGCUUGUGCGAGUGCCAGCGAGCUGCUUGCCAUUCACGCUGUGCUGGGGCCCGCAGGGCGAGUACCUCGCCUUCACCGCCCUCAGGCUGAGCACCGCGCGGCCCGCCCUGGUCCUCGCCCCUGCGCCAGGGCGCGGCGGAGAGCCCAUCAUCACCCCGCUGAUAGGGGGAAUGUUGCCUUACUACAUCUGUCCCUCGCCCUGCGGCACGCGUGUGGCACUGCUUGGCAAGUUCGGUGGCAGGCAGGCGCUGCUGAUCGCGGACGCCUCGCAGGUGGUCGCACCCGACCGCGAGCUGGCCCCGCCCGUCUCCCUCAGCGCCCUGGGCACAGCCGCGCCACUCUACUUUGAUUGGGCGCCGCACCGCCCAGAUCUACUUCUGGCAUGUGCAGGGCGGCAUGUUGUCCAGGUUCCAGGGCACGUCGUGUCAGAGGCGGCGGGCCUCGAGAAGGCGCUCGAGCAGAGACCCUGCGAGCCGGACCCGGAGAUCACCGUGCCAGACUUCCCGCCGCCGGCCUUCUCGUUCCGGGGCGACCGCGUCGCUUGGCGCGCGCCGCAGUGGCUACCCGCAUCCCCGGGCCACCCGGAGGGCCGCUGGCUUGUGCCCCGCGACGGCGCUGGCGGCAGGGUGUCCCUGGCCCUGGUGGUCCCCGCGACGCUCGAGAGCGAGGUCGUCUGCGAGCAUCUGCCUCCGGACGUGCACUUCGCCGCCUCGAGCUCCUGCCGAUGGGUCGCCUGGUCCGGCCUGCACGACGCGCGCGGGCACGGCGGCGUCUUCGCGAGGCGCCUGCCGCCCUCGGAGGGGUCCCCGCUGAUGGUGUUCAGUGGCGCCGCGGAGGCGCUGUCCUGGGGGGGCGACCGGUUGGCGCUGCUGCUGCGCGAGCCCGGCAACACUGGCCAGCUGGUGUGGGCCGUGUGGGACCCUCCAGAGGACACCGCCUCGGGGCUGCCGGGUCCCUGCCGGGCACGCUCACCAUCGCGCCCGAGGCCUUCGAGCCGAGCCACCACACGGCCGAGCGCGUGCUGCCCUUCUUCGACCAGUUCGAGCGCCGCAUGCGCGUGUGGAGCCCCCGGGGCGACGCGGUGGUGCUGGCGGACGCCAACGGGCAGGUCUGGGUGCAGCCCUUCCCGCGGCCGGGCGACGACGCAAACGCCGCCGCGGGCGGCGCGGGCGGGCGGGAGCACCCGUUCUCGCUGCUGGUGGGCGCCUCCACGCGCUGCGGGCGGCGCCUCCCGCGUUCCACGUCGGCGAGGGCGUCUUCGCGUGCUGGUCCCCGCUCUGAGGCGCGCCCAGGGGGUCAGCCACCAUAAGGGUAGAACGGUUGCGCCAUGGGCCACACCCGCCGGAGUCGCCGAGCGGGAGGGUCACAGAGGUUCCGUCAAGCAGUGGCGAAGAGUCCUGGUUUGCGUAUAG